CCUACCUUCUUCUCACCCAAUCCAUCUUCCACGGAGGAACGAUAAUUGUCUCUGAAUCAUGCUCAACCUGAACGUCAAGGAGCGCCUCGCAGGGGCUUAGCGGACGCGAGGGGUGCGAAUGGGCAGAGAAGAAUCUCUAGAAGGGAACAUGAGCACCCAGGAUCCUUCAGAUCUGUGGAGCAGGUCGGACGGAGACGCUGAGCUGCUCCAGGACUUGGGGUGGUACCAUGGUAACCUCACCCGACAUGCAGCUGAGGCUCUUCUCCUCUCCAAUGGAUGCGACGGGAGCUACCUUCUGCGGAACAGCAAUGAAAGGACAGGGCUGUACUCUCUCUCUGUGAGAGCCAAAGACUCUGUCAAACACUUUCACGUCGAAUAUACUGGAUAUUCAUUUAAAUUUGGCUUUAAUGAAUUCUCAUCUUUGAAAGAUUUUGUCAAGCAUUUUGCAAAUCAGCCUUUGAUUGGAAGUGAGACAGGCACUCUGAUUGUUCUGAAACAUCCCUAUCCAAGAAAAGUGGAAGAACCAUCCAUUUAUGAAUCCGUCCGGGUUCACACAGCAAUGCAGACGGGAAGAACAGAAAACGACCUCGUGCCCACCGCCCCUUCUCUGGGCACCAAAGAAGGUUACCUCACCAAACAGGGGGGGCUCGUCAAGACCUGGAAAACGAGGUGGUUCACUUUGCACAGGAAUGAACUAAAAUACUUCAAAGACCAGAUGUCACCAGAACCAAUUCGGAGCCUAGAUUUAAGAGAAUGUUCGGCUGUACAAUUUGAUUAUUCACAGGAAAGGGUGAACUGUUUUUGCUUAGUAUUUCCGUUCAGGACAUUUUAUCUCUGUGCAAAGACAGGAGUAGAAGCUGACGAGUGGAUCAAGAUAUUACGCUGGAAGUUGUCUCAAAUAAGAAAACAGCUUGAUCAAGGGGAAGGCACAAUCCGAUCUCGGUCAUUCAUCUUUAAAUAGACAGACCUUCCUCGAUGAGGGAUGCCCUGACCCAGGAGCAGGGUGGAAUGUUCCUGAUGUUGUGAUCCACAGCAGGUUUCAGAUGAAA